CAGAUGCAUGCACUGAACGUUUCUGAACUACGCGCUGUUUACGAUUCAAAUGCGACCUCAAAUUGAUUCGUUCACGAUACACCUGAGAAUUCAUCUUUCUGAUUCAUAUCACGGAACCAUUGGGAAGCAAAACGAAAACACGUCGGCGAUCGACUUAUAUAGUCAACUAAGACCGCAGGGUGUAAAACAUACGUGAAAGUGUCAUUUACUAGUGCUCUGGAUGAAGAUUUUUUAUAUAGUGAAUACCUAAGUGAAAGUGUCGUGCAGUUUUUAUCGUAAAUAUUCCUAGUAUUCAUUGGUUUUCCUUUAACUUAACAAAAUGGGUGAUGGUAAGAACGCAGGCGACGAUGAGAAAAAUAAAUCAUUGUCUGGAAUUCCAGAAGCACGCUUUGUGGAUGAUGUUGAUGCAUUUAUGGCAUUGGAAGAAAACAGUGGAGGAGCAGACAAAGUUUUAAAAAGACUAGAUGAACAACAUAGCAAAUAUAAAUUUAUGGAAUAUAAUCUCAUGUCAAAGCGACGACGCUUGAGGCUACAAAUUCCUGAUCUUGAGAACUCUCUGAAAAUGAUUACUCUUUUAAAAAAGCAACAAGAUUCUCCUAAGGACAUUGAAACUCAAUUUUUGUUAUCGGAGCAAGUUUACAUGAAAGCUACUAUAUCACCUACGGAUAAAGUAUGCCUGUGGCUUGGUGCUAAUGUAAUGCUUGAAUACACACUGGAUGACGCAAUGGCACUUUUGAAGAAGAGUAUUGAUACAGCCAAAUCAAAUUUAGACACUGUAGAAACAUCUCUAGAUUUUCUGAGGGAUCAGUUCACUACAACUGAAGUUAAUAUGGCAAGAGUAUUUAACUGGGAUGUGAAGCGAAGACAAGCUGCCAAAGCGAGCUCCUAACAAGUUGCAUGGAAGUUUAUUCAGCAUUGCUUUUCAAUUUCUUUUGCUCAUUUCAUUAUUGAAGUUCCUUAUCCACAAAGCUCUGAAAGUUUUAAUCUUGUAAUAAUUUGCAAAGUCUCAAUAAUAAAGUCUCUGGAAUCAUUUAAGUA